AUGAUGGAGGCAGAGCAGCAAGUGGUAAUGGCAUCAUCUUCAUCACUAAGAAAGCGAAAGAGAAGAAGAAUGAGAAGAAUAAUAAGGAGAAGAAGAAGAAGAAACGAGAAGCGAGUAAAGGCUCCAUCAUCACUACCAAACGACAUCGUAGAAGAAAUUUUCUUAAGAUUUCCGGUGAAAGCCCUAAUCCGACUCAAGUCUCUCUCAAAAUAUUGGAAAUCAACGAUCGAGUCUCGCAGUUUUGAAGAGAGAUACUUGAAGCUCGCUAAGCAAGCCUGCAUGGAUCAUCCCAAGGUCAUGGUCAUCACAGAAGAAGAUCCCAUAAGAGAAAUCGGGUAUCGUCCGUUCACAGACAUUGGUUUUAGGACGAUCUGCUUGGAAUCGGCUUCUCUUCUAUCCUAUACUCGUCUCAAUUUCCCUCAAGGGUUCUUCCACUGGAUCAAAAUCUCUGAAAGCUGUGAUGGCCUUUUCUGUAUCCAUUCACCAAAAUCACAUUCUGUAUAUGUAGUUAAUCCGGCUACACGGUGGCUCCGCCUACUUCCUCCGGCUGGGUUUCAGAUUUUGAUCCACAAGUUUAACCCCACGGAGCGUGAGUGGAAUAUAGAAAUGAAAUCAAUCUUUCAUCUAGCAUUCGUGAAGGCCACCGAUUACAAAUUAGUGUGGUUGUAUAAUUGUGAUAAGUACAUUGCUGAUGCGUCGAGUCCAAACGUGGGAGUCACAAAGUGCGAGGUUUUUGACUUUAGGGUAAAUGCUUGGAGGUACUUGGCUUGCACUCCAAGUCAUCGGAUAUUUUAUGACCAAAAGCCAGCAUCUGCAAACGGGUCGGUUUAUUGGUUUACGGAACCAUAUAAUGAAAGAAUCGAAGUAGUGGCUUUUGAUAUUCAUACCGAAACAUUCCGGUUGCUGCCUAAGAUAAAUCCGGCUAUUGCUGGUUCAGAUCCUCACCAUAUUGACAUGUGCACUCUGGAUAAUAGUUUGUGUAUGUCGAAAAGAGAAAACGAUACUAUGAUCCAAGAUAUUUGGAGGCUAAAACCAUCAGAAGACACAUGGGAGAAGAUUUUCACCAUAGAUUUGCUUUCUUGUUCUUCUUCUCGGGUUGAGAUUCGCGAUUAUUUUAAUUAGAGACAGAAGGAUUUGGUUGAGCCAUCCACACCAGUGGCAGUAUGCAAGAAUAAGAAGAUUCUACUCUCACAUUGCUAUUCCCGCGGUCUGGUAAAAUAUGAUUCCUUAACAAAGUCUCUCGAUUCUUUUUUACAUCCUUGGUCUAAGAGAAAAGUUACUUAUUUUCAAAGUUUGAUAUCUCAUAUCUAAAUAAAAGUCUUCUACUACUACUACUUUGGAAUUAAGAGACAACAUUUCUUAUAUAUCCUUCUUUAUUUUUGUGUUUUGUUUUCUUAAUAUGUGCUAGAGAUGUAUUUGGCUAUGCUUAAUUGUGUAACUCAAAUUUUCAUUGUGUAGAUUCUUAUCAAAAAAAUAUGUGUUAGAGUUUCUUUCUUUCUUUUUCCUAAAGAACUGGUUGUAAUACAUGAUGAUAUACAUCUUAACUUAAGAUAAUUAUCUCUACGAAAUCAUAAUAGCUUUUUCAAUCUUCGGACAAAGACAUUCCAAGUGCUGCCUAAUAAGAAUCCGGUUUUGCUGAUUCACAUCCCGACCAUAUCAAGUUAUGAACAUGUGCAGUCUUGCUAAUCGUGUAUGCAUGUCAAAAAGAAAGGGCCACAAGAUGGUACAAGAGAUGUGGAUCUUCCAAUCAUCAUCAGAAAAUGCAUGGGGGAAAAUUUUAUACCAUAGAUUUGCGCUCUUGUUGUUCAUGGUCAGAAAAUGUCAUUGGUGUGGUUCGGCCAGUGUGAUAUGCAAGAACAACAAGAUCCUCCUUUCGCAUCGUUAUUCCGAGGGUCUAGUGGAGUAUCAUCCCCAAACAAAAUCUUACUCUUCGCUUCAUGAACUUUUUGUCUAUGAAAGAGUUGCUUCUUAUUUCCAAAGUUUGGUCUCU